CGAGAAGGAAACGAGGAACCGCGCCGGAAGGCGGCCGGUUCUCGUGGGAGUGAAUUGAGGUGUGUUCAUGAAGAUGAAGUUGAGUGUCUCCAAAGUGGCUGGUGGAUGUCGUCUCGGCAUGCUGACAAACCUAGGCAAGAAAGGGAUUCAGCACAUGGACAUUCCAGGUUGUCUGCUUUAUACCAAAAUGGGAUCAGCACCACACCUCACCCAUGACACUCUGGAGACUGUCAAAGAUGUUCCUGUUAUUGCACAACUUCCAUUUCCAGCCCUGGUAGAGCUUCAGGAGGUCAUGGAGGAAUAUAAAGAAGGAAUUGGAAGAUUUGUAGGUAUGCCUGACUCGGUAAUGUACUGUUCCCUCCAUGACCCUGCUGUUAUCUCUCCGCCUGGCUACAACAACAACAAGACAGUUUCCAUCUGGGGGUUUGGCGGGAGGAUGGAAAUGACGCCAGCAAAGUUCAUGACCAUUCAACGGGCUCUCCAGCCAGACUGGUUCCAGUGUCUCUCAGAUGGGGAUACAAUUGCUGGAGAAGUCUCCAAAAAGAGGGCCAAGAAGUCUGUGGAUCGAUCACUGUCCUUUCUGGAUGAGUGCUUACAACUGCAAGAAGAGUUUCCGGAACUGCAAAAGAGUGUGAUGAUUGGGGUUAUUGAAGGUGGGGAUGUGUUGGAGGAGAGGCUGCGAUCCGCCAAGGAGACUGCCAAGCGCCCUGUGGGUGGCUUCCUGCUGGAUGGCUUCCAGGGAGAUGCCAUGGCCAAGGACACCAAGCUGGAACUCCUGUCCUCUGCUGUGGCAGAACUGCCAGAAGAUAAACCGAGGCUCAUCCAUGGUAUUGGCAGGCCAGAUGAAGUGCUGGAGUUAAUUGAGAGAGGGGUGGAUGUUUUUGAGAGUUGUUUCCCUUACCAGGUGACGGAACGGGGCUGUGCCUUGUCCUUCAGCUACAGUUAUCUUCCGGAUCCUGACGGAGACGUCCCAGAAGAAAAUGGGGAACCAAACAUGGAAGAAAGCAAGGAUAAAAAAACAAAAAACAAAAUCCUCAGUGGAGCUGAAGGGAUGACUGCAUUUGAAAUAUGUUUGAAAGAGAAAAGGUACCGGGACAAUUUUGGUCCUUUAGUGAGUGGAUGCUCCUGCUACUGCUGUCAGAAUCAUAGUCGUGCCUACGUCCACCACCUCCUCAUGACCAAUGAGUUGCUGGCCGGCGUCCUGCUCAUGAUGCAUAACUUUCAGCACUACUUUGCCUUCUUCCGUUCUGUUCGGGAUGCGUUGAAAGAAGACAGGCUGGAUAAGUUGAAGGAGAGCAUCUGCAGACAAGCAGUUCAAGCCUCCCCAAAUACACAAAGAGUGUAGGAAGAAGAACCUCCCAUGGAUUAGGAAUCUCCAUAUUUGGCCCAUGAUCAGGAUCAUGUCAUUGGGAGCACAGCUCUCCUGGUCCCUAGCAGGCUUAGGGGUGAGCCACAAGCCCCACUCCACUGAAGAAAUGUGAAAGGUCAAGAUAAGUGCUGAGGCAUCCAGCACUCAG